CCUUCAGUGUCUUCCUUGUCUUCCCUGUUUUUCUGUUUCUUUCUUAGCUUUCCCACAUUCCCUUCUCCAUGAAUCACUGUCUCUGUGCUGCGCCUGCCCCACUGUCUCCCCCCCCACACCCUCACCUCCUCUGUCCCCAUGUCCACAUUCAUCUUCCUUCUCCUUCCCCAUCUUUCCUUAGUCUCUCUCCCUCUGACACUUGUCUCUCGGGUCUGUGUUUCUCUGACACUUUCUCUGGUUCUCCACCUUCUUAUGUUACUUCUCUUACAUUUCCCAGUCUUCUCUGUGUCUCUUUACCCCCAACCCUUACCAGCACCUUCCCCUGAGCCACCCACUUUGUCCACCCUGCCCUGGGGUCCCCCUCCCUCCCUGGGUUCCUCCCAGAUUAAACACCUUCCCUGGGCGGGUUCUCAUUAAUGUUGUGGCUGCUUCUCUGACCAGAGAAGGGAGGGAGGAGAUGGGACCAGGGAGUCCUGGAGUCCUGGAAUGGGAAAUGGGCAAUAAAAAAAUGUCAGGAGAAGGGCGGGGGUGGGGGAGGCAGGGCCUGUUGCCCAGGCCAGGGAUAAAAGGGCUCCACAGAGUGACAGGGAAUCAAGGCACCACCCCCCUUCCUGCACACACAGAGACGCAUCCACGUCUCGAAGGGUCUUGGUCUCUGUGUAAGGCCUUCACUGUCUCUCUCCCUCAUCUCUGGGUCUCUUGCAGCCUCCUUCUCUCUCACUUUCUCUUUGCAUUUGCCAGAACCUGACCUUCAGACCCCAGAAUGCUCCUCCUGCUGACAGCACUCCAGAUCAUGGCUCUAGCCAUGGCACAGACCCAAGAGGAUAAGGACAAGAUACUUGGUGGUUAUACAUGCAUCCAGAACUCCCAGCCAUGGCAGGCGGCCUUACUGGCAGGUCCCUUUCGUAGUUUCCUCUGUGGAGGGGUCCUGCUGUCAGGCCAAUGGGUCAUCACCGCUGCUCACUGUGCCCGCCCGAUCCUUCAUGUAGCCCUGGGCAAGCACAACCUGAAGAAUUGGGAGGCUACCCAGCAGGUGCUGCGUGUGGUUCGCCAGGUGCGACACCCCCAGUACAACUCCCGGACCCACAACAACGACCUGAUGCUGCUGCGGCUGGAGCGGCCUGUUCGGCUGGGGAGGGCGGUGAAGCCCAUUGCCGUGGCCAGUACCUGCAUGAGCCCAGGGACCCCCUGUCUCGUGUCUGGCUGGGGCACCACAUCUAGCCCCAUUGCCAGGUACCCCAACUCCCUGCAAUGCGUGAACAUCAACAUCUUCUCGGAUCAAGAGUGUCAGGGGGCUUAUCCCGGAGCCAUCACUGCCGGCAUGGUCUGUGCAGGUGUCCCCCAAGGAGGGAAGGACUCUUGUCAGGUGAGGUGCAGAAAGGAGAGCUGGAGGAAGGGGAUUGUUUGGGGCUGGCACUUGGGUACCAAAGGAUCUCAGGAGCAUGAAAAUCAGAGGAGGUAUCCCCAGAAACUGAGAGAGAUUGUAAUAGUCCGGCUGCAUCCUAGCUGUAUACCCUUGGGUAACAGGCCUAAUCCCUCUGUCAGACAGGGGUAGCUCCUCUCAGAGCACAUGGUGGAAUCAGAUGGUAGUUCAUGGAAAGAGUGCAGAGUGGUGCCUGCACUUAGCUCUGAUCACUGCUCUCAUUGCUGUUAUUAUAUUUGGUCACCUGGAAAUCUGUGCUCAGCACCUCUAGAGACCUUGGCCCAUCCCUGAGAGGUGACUCCAGAGACAGGGAGAUGUAAAGAGGCACACACAGUUUUCUAGAGCAGCACAGUGAGCCCCAAGGGGAAGAGACAGAAGGAAGCAGUGAAAAGGGAAGGCAGUGAUAUCUCCAGAGCCCUGUCCAGGGGUCUCAGCCCACCUCUUCCCCAUCUCUGCCUCUUGAGUCCUCCACACCCACGGCUCUGGCCAUCUGUCGUCCAUGGGUGUCUCC